AUGGCUCUCGUCAACGUUCGUCGCGAUGUCGCCGACCAGUUCUACCGCUACAAGAUGGAGCGUCUCCAGACCAAGAUUGAGGGCAAGGGCAAUGGCAUCAAGACCGUCAUUGUCAACCUGACCAGUGUCGCCCAGUCUCUGGCACGCCCCGGCGCCUACCUCAUCAAGUACUUUGGUUUCGAGCUCGGUGCCCAGACCAACAUUGACCCCGCCGACGAUCGUUGGAUCAUCAACGGUGCCCACGAUGGCCCCAAGCUGCAGGAUCACCUUGACGGCUUCAUCAGCAAGUUCGUGCUUUGCAAGAAGUGCAAGAACCCUGAGACGGACGUCAUCAUCAAGGAUGACCACAUUAUUCUUGACUGCAAGGCCUGCGGUCAGCGUACUGACGUCGACAUCCGCCUCAAGCUCAGCGGUUUCAUCCUCAAGAACCAGCCGAAGAAGGGCAAGAAGGACAAGGCCGAGCGCAAGGCCGCUCGCCGCGCCAAGCAGCAGGCCCAGGCCAACGGUGGCAAGGAGAACGGCGCCAACGGCCACGGAAGUGGCAGCGGUGGCGAGGGUUCCGAGAACGGCUCCAACGACAAUGACGAUAUUGAUGCUGGCAGCGACGACGAGUUUGAGAGGCUGAAGAACGAGGCUCAGGAUGCCGAGCAGGAGGUCGAGGUUAAGGACCACGAGUGGGCCGUCGACAUGAGCGAGGAGGCCGUCAAGGCCCGUCAGGCUCAGCUUCCCGGCGAGUUCAAGCAGAAGCUCAACAUCGGUGACGACGAAGAUGAGGAUGGCGAGGGCGGUGGCAACACCGUCUACGAUCAGCUCGGCGCCUGGAUCAUCGAACAGACUGAGGAGAAGGGUAGUGUGGACAAGGUUGACUCGAUCGAGAUCUUUGUCAAGGCCAAGGAGCUUGGCAUCGAGGGCAAGCACCGCGCCGUCCUGGUUCUGGUCCAGACCAUCUUUGACGAGAACGUUCUCGCGCAGAUCACCAAGCGUGCUCCCAUGCUGAAGCAGUUUGUCACCUCUGAGCGUCACGAGAAGGCCCUCCUUGGUGGUACGGAGCGUCUUAUCGGCUCUCUCAUUGGCGAGCACCCCGAUAUCCUCGAGAAGGUCGUCAAGAUCCUGCAGCUCUACUACAACCACGACCUCCUCAGCGAGAUGUCGCCGUCAAAUGGGGUAGCAAGGCAGCAAGAAGUACGUCGACCUCGCCACCUCCAAGAAGGUCCGCAAGGCCGCGGAGCUUUCCUCACUUGGCUCCAGGAGGCUUCCGAGGAGGAGGAGGAGGACGACGAGUAG